CUGAAGCCCCAGGCAGCCGGCGGUAGUGGAGGAAAUCAGCAGGAAGAUGCCGGGGGGCUGUUGCCGGCAGGUGCACGGUGGGGACAGGGCAUCCCGGCUCCUAGCAAACCUGGCGGCUCGAGGAGGAGUCGCCGAGCGCAGCCCCCCAGUGCCCUGGAACGCGGGGACUCCCGGGCCACUGCUUGGGCCGAUGGUUCCAAAGGAAGCCGUCCUCUGGCCAAGGGGCUCCGGGAGGAGGCGAAGGCUUUGCGGGCCGGGGGCGCGGCGGCCGAAGAGCUCAGGCUGCCCAGCACCUCCUUCGCGCUGACUGGGGAUUCGGCCCACAACCAAGCCAUGGUGCACUGGUCAGGACACAACAGCAGCGUCAUACUUAUCCUGACGAAGCUUUAUGACUUCAACCUGGGGAGCGUGACUGAGAGUUCACUUUGGAGGUCCACGAAUUAUGGCACCACCUAUGAAAAGCUGAAUGACAAAGUGGGCUUGAAGACUGUCCUCAGUUACCUCUACGUCAAUCCCACCAACAAAAGGAAGAUCAUGCUUCUCAGUGAUCCUGAAAUGGAGAGCAGCAUAUUGAUCAGCUCAGAUGAAGGGGCAACUUAUCAGAAAUACCGGCUCACCUUCUACAUCCAGAGUUUGCUCUUCCAUCCCAGGCAGGAGGACUGGGUGCUGGCCUACAGUCUGGACCAAAAGCUCUACAGCUCCAUGGACUUUGGGAGACGCUGGCAACUCAUGCAUGAACGCAUCACCCCCAACAGGUUUUACUGGUCGGUGGCCGGAUUGGAUAAGGAGGCGGACCUGGUGCACAUGGAGGUGCGGACCACGGAUGGAUAUGCUCACUACCUCACCUGCAGGAUCCAGGAAUGUGCUGAGACCACCCGCAGUGGGCCUUUUGCUCGCUCCAUUGACAUCAGCUCCCUGGUCGUCCAGGAUGAAUACAUCUUCAUUCAGGUAACAACUGGAGGAAGAGCCAGCUACUACGUGUCCUAUCGAAGAGAGGCCUUCGCUCAGAUAAAGCUGCCCAAGUACUCGCUGCCGAAGGACAUGCACAUCAUCAGUACCGAUGAGAACCAAGUGUUUGCUGCAGUUCAAGAAUGGAACCAGAAUGACACAUACAACCUCUAUAUCUCAGACACGCGUGGGAUUUACUUCACCCUGGCCAUGGAGAACAUUAAGAGCAGCCGAGGUCUAAUGGGAAACAUCAUUAUUGAAUUGUAUGAGGUAGCAGGUAUCAAAGGGAUAUUCCUGGCAAACAAGAAGGUGGAUGAGCAGGUGAAGACGUACAUCACUUACAACAAGGGCAGGGAUUGGCGCCUACUGCAAGCUCCAGACGUGGACCUGAGAGGAAGCCCGGUACACUGCCUGCUGCCCUUCUGCUCCUUACACCUGCACUUGCAGACCCCUGAGAAUCCAUAUUCCUCUGGAAGAAUCUCCAGCAAGGCGACAGCCCCAGGACUUGUGGUGGCUACAGGUAACAUUGGCCCGGAGCUCUCAUAUACUGAUAUCAGUGUGUUCAUCUCUUCUGAUGGGGGCAACACGUGGAGACAGAUCUUUGAUGAAGAGUACAAUGUCUGGUUCCUAGACUGGGGUGGCGCCCUCGUGGCCAUGAAACACACACCUCUGCCAGUCAGGCAUUUGUGGGUGAGUUUUGACGAGGGCCUCUCCUGGGACAAGUAUGGUUUCACUCCGGUUCCUCUCUUUGUCGACGGGGCUCUGGUGGAGGCUGGAGUGGAGACCCAGAUCAUGACAGUUUUUGGCCACUUCAGCCUUCGCUCUGAGUGGCAGUUGGUGAAAGUGGACUACAAAUCUAUCUUCAGCCGGCGCUGCACCAAGGAAGACUACCAGACCUGGCACCUGCUCAAUCAGGGGGAACCUUGUGUCAUGGGAGAAAGGAAAAUAUUCAAGAAACGCAAGCCAGGAGCUCAGUGUGCCCUGGGCCGAGACUCCUCGGGGACGGUGGUCUCAGAACCCUGUGUCUGUGCCGACUGGGACUUUGAGUGUGACUAUGGCUAUGAGAGACAUGGAGAGAGCCAGUGUGUCCCAGCUUUCUGGUACAAUCCAGCAUCUCCAUCAAAGGACUGCAGCCUUGGUCAAAGCUACCUUAACAGCACUGGGUACCGGCGGAUUGUGUCCAACAACUGCACAGAUGGGCUAAGGGAGAAGUACACCGCCAAGGCCCAGGUGUGCCCUGGAAAAGCCCCUCGGGGCCUCCAUGUGGUGACGACUGAUGGACGCCUGGUGGCAGAGCAGGGGCACAAUGCGACCUUCAUCAUCCUCAUGGAGGAGGGCGAUCUCCAAAGGACGAACAUCCAGCUUGACUUUGGGGAUGGGAUUGCGGUGUCCUAUGCUAACUUCAGCCCCAUUGAGGAUGGCAUCAAGCAUGUGUACAAGAGCGCAGGGAUCUUCCAGGUGACGGCCUAUGCAGAGAACAACCUGGGCUCGGAUACAGCUGUCCUCUUCCUACACGUGGUUUGUCCCGUGGAGCAUGUUCACCUCCGUGUCCCAUUUGUCGCCAUAAGAAAUAAGGAGGUCAACAUCAGUGCAGUCGUGUGGCCCAGCCAGCUGGGGACUCUCACCUACUUCUGGUGGUUUGGCAACAGCACGAAGCCCCUCAUCACUUUGGACAGCAGCAUUUCCUUCACGUUCCUUGCAGAGGGAACCAACACCAUCACUGUUCAGGUGGCCGCUGGGAACGCCCUCAUCCAGGACACAAAAGACAUCGCAGUUCAUGAAUACUUCCAGUCCCAGCUGUUAUCAUUCUCUCCUAACCUGGAUUACCACAACCCUGACAUUCCGGAGUGGAGACAAGAUAUUGGCAAUGUCAUCAAGAGAGCUUUAGUUAAAGUAACCAGUGUCCCGGAAGACCAGAUCCUGGUUGCUGUGUUCCCUGGCCUCCCAACUUCAGCAGAGCUCUUUAUCCUCCCCCCAAAGAACUUGACGGAGAGGCGGAAAGGCAAUGAAGAGGACCUGGAACAAAUCGUGGAGAUGCUGUUUAAUGCUCUAAACCAAAACUUGGUCCAGUUUGAACUGAAGCCAGGGGUUCAAGUCAUUGUGUAUGUCACACAGCUGACGUUAGCUCCGUUGGUGGACUCCAGUGCUGGGCGCAGCAGCUCAGCCAUGCUCAUGCUCUUGUCGGUGGUGUUUGUUGGUCUGGCUGUGUUUCUGAUCUACAAGUUUAAAAGGAAAAUCCCCUGGAUUAACAUCUAUGCUCAAGUUCAACAUGACAAGGAGCAGGAGAUGAUUGGGUCAGUGAGCCAAAGUGAAAACGCCCCCAAAAUCACACUCAGUGAAUUCACCGAGCCUGAGGAACUGCUGGACAAAGAGCUGGACACCCGGGUCAUAGGAGGCAUUGCCACCAUUGCAAACAGCGAAAGCACAAAGGAGAUUCCCAACUGCACUAGUGUUUAAUACCAACAAGCCACGUGGUCAACCAUCUUUCUGACUUUUUAUUUUUUAUUAUUGCUAUUAUUAUGGGAAAAAAUGAAAAUGUCUUUUUUUACCCUUUGUUUACCAAGGGCCCCUUCAUAAAUAUCAGGCAGAUUUUAGCUUUGGGAGGCAAAAACAUUCUUAACUGAUUGAAAUGAGAUAAAAAAGAAUAAAUGGCUGUAUUUGUGCUAUGGGCAAAGUACGUAUCUUCCCCCAUAGCCUUCUUGCUUUAUUCUGCAAGGACUCUCUUUUCCCUUGUGAGUCUCUAUCUUUUUACUGUUAAAGUUGGGUUGGCUUUUCAUUAACCUCCAUCCCCCCAAAUCACCAACAAACCCCCCACCAGCACACUUCCCUAAAAGGUAAACCAUUUCCCAGUUAGAUGUGCAGGAGGUUAGUUGGUGGGGAGUGGACAUAACUGCAAGAAGCGUGCACACUUUUGUGAAAGAGGCCCUGCCUCGUGCAUGUCAAUAGUGAGGCUACCGAUGGCUUAUUGUAUAUAAUUACAAUGUAAAUAGCUUUUUAUUUCCUGAGAAAUAAUUUAAUGUUUAGUAAAAAAGAAAACAGAAAAAAGAAAGACGCGUGUGUUGGCUUAUGCACUCACCCUCAGAGCUGACCAACCCCCAGGCCUGGUUGAUGUGUUGGGUUCUGGAUGCUCUCCAGUUGUCUGUCACAAUUAACUCUUGCAUCUCUGUGUCCAUGCCAUAGCCGGUUUCUACUUAUGUAUAUAAGGGGGGUGGGGGGGCUUCUUUGGGACAAUUGGUAAAGGAAGGACUAUAGUAACAUUGUAGAACAUGGAGUCUUAUUGUUCCAUCAGUGACAUGGAAGAAGUUGCAAGAUGAAGCCCACUGGAGACUUCAAACUGAGAUCCAGAUGGGCGUACAAGGGUUCCCUCCAAAAGGACAACAUUGAGGAUAUCAGCCUGAGAAAAUGCUCUUCUCUAAGGAAGCCAGGCAAUGGAUCUGAAAAUAACAAUGAUUCUGCUUCCUGGUUGGAUUCCAAAGAAAUGUAUAAUGUUUAUGGGGAAUUAUUGGGCUGUUCUUAGCUAAAGUUAGUCCUCUGGGCAGUAGGUGAAGCCCAGUGAGUGCCUCGUGGCAUGGGAGGAGUUAGAGAGGUUGGGAGGGAGGUGGUAUUUGUGGAAUCAUGAGUCCAUGCAAAUCCGGUGGGUCAAAUAGGGGUCUAGUCUUUAAUGAUAUUAGUCAAAGAUGAUUUUAGCAAAGCUGUGCUAUUUGCUUGUCAGAUAUACACACCUUCCUUAAAGUCAAAUGUCUGCCUUCAGUUCCCUUAAGAUAGUUCUUGCCUCUGGAGUGAGUGGCUUCCAAGGCCAGCAUUCUCUUUUCCAGCACCCCAGCCCUUUCACACAUGUAUACAUGUCAGUUGUUUUCAGUAGGGUCACUUUAAGCCAUGCUGUAAGCAUUUUUAUUUUAUUUUAUUUUAUUUUCAGGCUCAGCCUGUGCACACUGUUUUAGAAAAUGAUAUACUGUAUAUAUAUAUGGGAGGAAAGGCUGAAUUUUUUUCCCUGUUGAUUUUUGUAGGAUGUUGUUCACAUUUCUCUCUGUGAGACCCUGAGAGAAAGUGAUUCACAGAAAUCUGACUGGCUGCAGCUUAGAUCAGGAUUAGGUGUAUUUCUCAAGAUCGUGCUUUUUUGUUUCAAGGGUUAAAUGGGGCAGACAAUUGCAAUACUUGUACUACACACUGGACUACAAAUGCAUGAGUCAUAUCUAUAUAUACAGUAUAUGUACAUAUACUGUUCUUGGUUUUAUUGUUCCAUUUGAAUAUUUCUACUGUAUAAAAAAGACAGUGGUUUUGAAAUUGUUGAAAAUAAAUGUAUUUUUGUACAUCAAAGCUA